AUGGCCCUCAACACCGCUCCUUCCAUCGCACUUCUGGACCCUCCUGUUUGCGCUUCAAGGUGCACGAAUGGUGUCACUGUGCACCUAUCUGACGAGGUGCCCGAUGAUCAACAGCUGCGCGUCGUCCUGAAACAUAAAGAUUGCGUUCUUGCGGACGUGGCCAUGGUGGGGAACGGCAGACGGGUUGUCAGGGUGCCGUUCGAGGCAGAGGAACCCUGCAUCACGACCAUCUGCGUUGUCAAUAGUGAUGGGGAGACACCCGAGGCCAGUCACGUGCUCCCGGUUCUGCCCCCUACCGCGUCAGAGGAUAUCCGCCAGAUUUUUCUGAGGGUGGUGGAAGUGAUCAAGAACAGCGAUGUGAAUUUCCAAGCCGCAUAUCUGGAACUGCCUGUUGAGCAGGUGAGCGACGGUCUGGAUCCCCUGGACCAGCACAUCCAGGAAGUGGCGUGGAAGAAGAACUUCCAGUCGUUGUGCGAGGACCUGGGCAGCCUGUUGGAGCUCUUGUGGGACCGCAUUGAAAAAGAUACCACAGACACCCCAAUUCCAACAGAGAUGGAGACGUCGCUUCACAACGUCCUAGUAUACCUCAUGGGCAACGGAGCGUGGUCCAUUGUGGCGUUCUUGCUGGAAACGUGCCUGCAAUCUGGCCUGCCCAUAGCCAUGGACGGCGAGAAGCUCCCCAUCAGCGACUUGCAGUCGGAACAUCUCAAGCAGUUGGCGGACACGGUGCAGAUGCAGCAGCGAAAUGGGGACAGGCAGCAGCCGCUUGCAUGA